AUGAGGCUGGAGAAUCAGAGCAGCGUGUCCGAGUUCUUCCUCCUGGGACUCCCCAUCCGUCCAGAGCAGCAGGGUGUGUUCUUCACCCUGUUCCUGGGAAUGUAUCUGACCACGGUGCUGGGGAACCUGCUCAUCAUCCUGCUCAUCAGGCUGGACUCUCGCCUCCACACGCCCAUGUACUACUUCCUUAGCCACUUGGCCUUCACGGAUGUCUCUUUCUCAUCUGUCACUGUCCCUAAGAUGUUGAUAAACAUGCAUACCCAGGAUCAAUCCAUCCUCUAUGCAGGGUGUGUAACACAGAUGUAUUUUUUCAUAUUUUUUACUGAUCUGGACAAUUUCCUUCUCACCUCAAUGGCGUACGAUCGGUAUGUGGCUAUCUGUCACCCCCUCCGCUAUGCCACCAUCAUGAGAGGAGGGGUAUGUAUCUUGCUAGUAGCUGUAUCCUGGAUCCUCUCCUGUGCCAGUGCCCUGUCUCACACCCUUCUCUUAGCCCAACUGUCCUUUUGUGCUGACAACAGCAUCCCCCAUUUCUUCUGUGACCUUGGUGUCCUGCUCAAGCUCUCCUGCUCAGACACAUCACUUAAUGAGCUGGUCAUUUUCACAGUGGGAGUGGCAGUCAUUACCCUCCCACUAAUAUGCAUUUUGAUCUCUUACGGCCACAUUGGAGCCACCAUUCUGAAGGUUCCAUCUGCCAGAGGGAUCUUCAAAGCCUUGUCCACAUGUGGCUCCCACCUCUCUGUGGUAUCUUUAUAUUAUGGGACAAUUAUUGGGCUUUAUUUUUUCCCCUCAUCCAGCAGUUCCAGUGACAAGAACAUAAUUGCCUCUGUGAUGUACACAGUGGUAACUCCAUUGCUUAACCCUUUCAUUUAUAGCCUAAGGAACAGAGACAUGAAGGGGGCCCUGGAGAAACUCUUCAACAGGGCAAAAGUCUUAUGUCGGUGA